GACCAUACUGCCAUGUAAUCAGCCGCUGAUGCUCUGCACGGAAAACAGAUAAGUCAUACCCGCUAAUUAAUCUACCUGAAAACCCAAACUUCUAAAUUACAUAACAUAAAACUCUCUCCUUCCCUCAUAAAUUCUGCAAUCUACACAAGCUAUGCCACAAAUUUCUAAUAAAAUGAGCAUAAUCAAAUAACUUGCAAUUAAAAAGCUGUAUAACCAUGUAAAAAAAUAAAGGAAAAGAAAGGAUUACCAUACAGACAACUUCCCUCUAAUAUUAUCAUCUCACAUUUAUCCCUUUCUUCCCACUCCUUACACAUACUGACGCACGUACGAAGCAAAACCUAAAACAAACACAUAAACCAACAUGAACUCACCUUCUGAGACUACUCUGUGCUCUCUAUAACCAAAUUUCACUCAUAAGUCGAAAUAGAGAGCGAACACAAUCCUGGGUAAUCGCUCACUAAUUCCCCCUAGAGCGAACACAUAAACAACACAUAAACAACACAUAAGCAACAUACAUCGCCUCCGAACAUGUAUGCGCGCACGCUCAAACCAAAAACUCUCUCCCCACACUGACUCACCAUACUAAAUCCAUCCCUCGCACCCGCGGAACCAGUAGUUCACUCCGGAACCUAUCAAAAGAAACCAGCACGAAGCAGCCAUAAACAGGCAAAAUGGAAAAUAAACCAAAAAAGACAAUCACCAAGAAGAAAACGUCAGGAAAUCAAUCAACAACAAUUACGGCUACAUCCACCCUGCUGCAGUUCUACGCGAAACACACACAGGAGAUGAAAAAAAUUAGCAAAACCAGUGCAAAGUCCGGCAUCAAGAAAACACGAACCUCAUGAUUCGGAAUUAGAGGUGGACACCGACAUUGACGUAGAAAACGACGAGGUCGGCCAAGCGAUAAAUGACCACCUCACAACUGGAACCAUGCAGCUCCCUGAUAAAUUCUGUGAAAAAGCAGCCAAUAUAACAGAGACAAACCCACCACCGACACCAAUCUUGGGAGCUGGCAACUCAGUAGAAGAGACAACAUCCGAUGCAGCCUCACGUGCCACAACAUCUAAGCCACAGCCACGGACGCCCACUCCCAACCGCAACCUGUUCCCUGAUGAGCUGAAUGAAACUGCCACUCAACAAGAAGCCUCUGGCAAGUCCAACCAAACUACAGAACCGGAACCAUUCCAAUUACCUGGAUUCCAGCUUCCACAACCGGAACAAGAUGACAAUGAGAGUAUCAUCUCCAUUUCCUCAUCCAUCUCCUCAUCCACUCAGAACACUGCUGCCCUUAACCCGGACAUGCGCAAAAUCCUUAAGGAACUUGGCGUAAGCGCCACCAUAUGCCAAAAAAUCGCCGAAACAAUGGCCGCCAACUAUAGCGAAAAUGAGGAGGAUAAUAAUAACGCCAAAGGUGGCACCCACACUGAUGAGAACACUGCCCCUGCUAGCGGAAAAUCAGAUCCCAAACCAAGAGCAAAGAAACAAAUUCGCGGAGGAAGCAGCAGCAAGGGACAUCGACCAGCCACCCCCUCCGCCUCCGCUUCCACUUCCACUCGUCCCACUCUGCCCACCUGCAACUGUAGCAGCACACGGAAAAUCCUGAUGGAAAACACUGAGAAACUAGCCUCCAUGCUCGAAGUGGUGGCCACCAAACUCGAGAAUAUGGCCGCUGACACUAAAAUUACAAAUAUUAUAACAAAACCUAUCCCUAAUAAGAGCUCCAUGCUCUCAGAUGAAGAUGAAUGAACUACUACUAAGAAAACAAACUGUCAUAACCAGCUGUCACUCCCAUCUACACUUUAAGUUACUGAAAAUUAAAUAAAAUAAACAAUAAAUUCCAAAACACCUCCAAAUAACACACCACCUUAAAUUUUUACACCAUGAAACCCGCAAAUACUGAAACAUAAGAAAAUCCAAUAAACUAACGAAAGAAACUACACUGCACAAACAUCACGCCACCCCCUAGGGAAAUUAAACUCUAACAACUAAAUCACAAAAUAAAAUAAA